AUGGGAUCAGCGAUGUUUAUUAAUUGGGAACGAACUUGGUCAUUUAUUCACGCAUUUCAUUUUGGAUUCAAUUUAAUUGUUACCGUUGGUUUGGGUGAUAUUGUUGUUAAAGAUUACAUAUUUCUUUCACUCAUUGUCGCUUUUGUAAUUGUUGGGCUUUCCGUUGUAACGAUGUGUGUCGAUUUGGCAUCAACACACCUAAAGGCAUAUUUCACUCGAAUACAUUACUUUGGAAGAGCAAAACGAUUUUUGGGAAUGAGCGAAGAGUUAAAGGAAAUUGUAGCAUUAUUAGGUGCAAUGAGGAGGAAAAAAGGUGGAAAGGUAACAUGGAACGAUGUACGCGAAUUUUUGGACAACGAAUUACGCGAUCGACCAUUCGAGCCUCAUGAACUGUUAAUGAAACUAAGAUUUAUUGACGAAACCUCAUCAGGGAUGUCAACAUUACGACGAAAUUCAUUUCAGUCGGAUUUUUUACGCGAUUCAGAAUAUUAUAAACGACUGUCUGCCUAUCGUCCUGAAGAGCCGGCAUAUCUAUAA